CGAUCUUCGGGAUGCCCACGCAGUCUCCACGCACGUACAGUGUGACCUCUGAGUGCAGCUUCUUCACUGCUGCACAUACAGUCGGGCUCUCGAACGAUACGGACGCAGGGGGAGAUUUCAACAACAUAAACCCACCGUAAAUGGGUUUAUCACUACAACAGACGUUAGUUUCGCCACAUUCGUUCUCGUCGAUCGACCAUUUUGGAUGGAUUGUCUUGUUCUCGACGCACCGAGAAGACUUACAACGCCCAGCCAACUGCGGCAGCCAUAGCUCGGUCACUGACGCCGGAGAACCUCGUGUUUUGCCCCUGCAAUGGCCGUUUUCAGUCACCAGGUGCUCCUUGCAGUCACAAGAUCAAGGGGGACAUAUUUGUUGACCAAGAAGCACAGCUGCUCCUCCCUGACUUCCAAAGCCUAUCUCCAUGUAGAUGUUCCUCGCCACCCCUCGUCCACACUCCCUCUCAGACACUCCCGUUACAGCUCCCUCCACUCUUUCCGGGGUCAUGCCCUCAGUCGUGGCCACAGCUCGGCUCUGCUCGCCCGCUCUUUGCACGGCUCCUGCGUCUGGCUCCAGGAUAUACAGCAGGACACAAAGACGACGUCCCCGGUUUCCUCUCAGAUUGAAUCUAAAGAUGAAAAACAGGAUUCUGCUGCAGCUCCUCUUCAGGCUCCGCCCACUCCAGCUCCUACCGCCACCGCAGCAGCAGCCGUCGUUACUCCUGUGCAGGAGAAAGCAAUUGUGAAGAAAUCUCUGUAUCAGAGGAUUGUUGAUGAGUUGAAGCAUUACUACAACGGCUUCCGGUUACUUGGCAUCGACAUAAAGAUCGCAGGCAGGAUGGUGUGGAGGCUGCUGCAUGGACAGGUGCUCACGCGCAGGGAGAGGAGGAGGUUAAUGAGGACGUGCGCUGACCUCUUCCGCCUGGUCCCAUUCAUGGUAUUCAUCAUCGUUCCCUUCAUGGAGUUUCUUCUUCCCGUCUUCCUCAAGCUUUUUCCUGAAAUGCUGCCUUCCACGUUUGAGACAGAGUCCAAAAAGGAAGAGAAGCAGAAGAAGGGUCUGGCCGCUAAGCUGGAACUGGCUAAGUUUCUUCAAGAAACCAUUGCUGAGAUGGCUCGCAGAAACAAAGCCAAGGCCCAGACGGAAGACGAGACGCAGCGCUUCUCCAAAUAUGUUCAGGAGGUGCGCGGCACAGGUGAGCAGCCCACCACGAAGGACAUCGUCCGCUUUUCAAAGCUGUUUGAGGACGAGUUGACUCUGGAGCACCUGGAGCGCCCCCAGCUGGUUGCUCUGUGUAAACUCUUGGAGCUGCAGCCCAUCGGCACGAACAACCUGCUGCGUUUUCAGCUCAUGCUGAAACUCCGAGCUAUCCGAUCAGAUGACGAGAUGAUUGCAGCAGAGGGCGUAGCCGCCAUGAGCGUCUCAGAGUUACAAGCAGCAUGUCGUAGCCGUGGGAUGCGGUCUUUGGGUCUCACCACAGAUCAGCUGCGUCAGCAGAUGCAACAGUGGCUGGACUUGCACCUGAAAGAGAACGUUCCUCCAUCGCUGCUUCUCCUCUCCAGAGCCAUGUACCUGACGGACCUCAAACCCAAACCUCCCGUCAUACCACCAGUACCUAAGCUAGAGAAGGCUGCUGCUCCUGCAGUGGAGAACACAGAAGCAAGUUCAGCUUCUGGCGGUUCCGAGCGGCUGACAGACCCAGCAGUCGUCAUCAAAGACAGGCCGGUUGAGGAGAUGAGGGACACGGCGCCUGCGGUGACGGAUAAACCUCUGAGCCCUGCAGAAGUGCUGCAGGCUAAAGCAGCAACAGAGGUGACCCAGAAGAGCAAGAUGAGUGCUAACGGUGUGUAAGAGAACUGGAUCUUCUGCACCAAGGUGGAAUGACUUGUGCUGCCCGGUGUCGUCAUGGAGACACCGGUGUCUGAUAACGCCGUUAUAAAAUUUCACCUGAAGCCUCCUCCUCCUCUCUUCUGGAACGUCAUCUCAUCCCGCGUUUCUGUUACCUUCCAGAAACCCCUUUUGUUAUUUCUGCAUCAACAUCCCUUAACUCUAUAGUUUUGUUACUUCUAUAUUUUCUGGGAUGUGCACCUUUGACCUCUCGUCAGGGAUGUACCGACUCCGUGGUCGGUGGUUCUCCUGACGUUCAUCAGGUCUUCUCUUCCCUCUGUAAAUGUGUAAAUAUGUAAAUGAUUCUGUCUUAAAUCACAGAAGCAGCAGCUUUGUACAGUUUGCUAUCCGAUAAGCCAACAUUUUCUCAACUUAAAUGUUUUAUUUUUAUUUGCAGAAAUGUCAAAAGUUCAUCAUAGAAUAAACGGCUGGCUUGCACUGACGAGCUGGGAUCUGUACCCGAAUGAAAUGUUGGUUUGGGUCUGCCUCAGCUUUGGGAGGGGGCGUGGCUUAUGUAGCUUACUGCUGCUGAAAUUAGCAAAUGAAGAUUGGUCCUGUGGAACGAACAGCCUCACUGCUUUAAUUUAGUCCGAGUUGAUUAAAGUAAGCAUGCUGUCUGUUAGACCCUGAAGGGAUUUUCUGGAGAAAAGAAGAUGCAGAUUUUAUUUUAUGUAUUUGUUUUGACAGUUGGACGCUUAAAUGUCUGUAAGUCAUCCCCGCAGAAGUAUACAGUAAUUAAACAGAAGUAACUCCAAAAAUACGGUCCUAAAAGAUUACAGAUUAGUAAUUUAUCUUCUUUCUAAUUGGAUUUGCUUUAAAUGAUUCAAUGCUGUUGUCCACAUUUAUCAUUUGGACUGAGCAUUUUCUUCUGUACCUUCAUAAUAAGUAAAAGAACAUAAAUGAAUUGACUGAAAAGAGAAAACUGGGCUUAUUGAUUAAAAUGUAAAUGUUGCUUUUGGAGUGAUUGAUUCAAACUGUCACUUUAAUGUCUCUGAAGUGUACUUUUUCUUCAAAGAGUGGUGUCUAUUUUCCUCUGUUGGAUGUUUGACACCCAGAGAAGAACCCUGCUGUCACGUUGUCGAUAUGAAUGAAAAUAUUUUAUAUUUUUGCAGCUUUCUCUUAUUUUUCUCAGCGGAUGUGUUUAAAGUAAGAAGAAAUUGAUGAUAAAUAUGCAGAGGUAUUAUAUUCUUUAAUAGGAGGGAUCUUUGGUUGAAACAGCGACUGUUUGCCGUCGUCCAUUUCUGACGGGUGUUUUUAUGGCGCCUGAGACCCCAGGUUGGUUAGCCUGCAGCUCCAUAGCAUUAAAGAUAGGUGUCCUUAUUGUUCAGAUGUACUGUGUUUUAAGUGGAUCAACAUUCUUGGUGUCAUCUCAUUUAUCUGUUAAAGAAUUCAUUUCUCCUCCUGUGUUACAGUUCUGUCAUUCUGCUGCUUACAUCACUUUGAUUCUGCACUAAAUCUGUGCCUCGCUCCCCCAGGGAUGUUGUGAUGGAAAACAAGUACUCUGACAAUUAAAACAAUGAAGCCCUUCA